AUGUCGUCCUCGGAAGGCGCGCCGGAGUCCUGGAUUUCCUCGUUUUGUUCGUUGAUGGGCCAUGAGUUUUUCGCAGAGGUGUCGGAGGACUUCAUCGAGGAUGAUUUCAAUCUGACUGGUCUCCAGUCGCAGGUGCCGAUGUACAAGGAGGCACUAGAGAUGAUUCUCGAUGUGGAGCCGGAGGAUGACGAGGAAGAGGAGGAGGAAGAGGAGGAGGAAGAUGAAGACGAUGCGCUCGGCGGCGAACCUGCAUACAGAAGAGCCGGCGAUCGGCGACACGCCCGAGUCGCAAGCGAUUUGAGCGUGAUCGAGAGCUCUGCUGAGCUCCUGUAUGGGUUGAUUCACCAACGGUAUAUCACCUCGCGGCCUGGCAUUCAACAAAUGCUCGAAAAAUACGAGAUGCAGCAUUUUGGCACCUGUCCGCGAGUCAACUGCAACGGAUGCAAAGUUCUCCCCGUAGGCCGAUCCGACACCCCUGGCCACGAAACGGUCAAGCUCUUCUGUCCCGGUUGCAUGGAUAUUUAUACACCCCCCAACAGCCGCUUCCACUCCGUUGACGGCGCAUUCUUCGGUACAACGUUCGGAUGUCUCUUUUUCAUGACAUUCCCAGAUCUGGAUAUCGGGCCCCGUCUGGAUGCAGCACUGUCAUCCAUCUCGCCACGGAAUGCAGCAACGCAGUCUCGCACUGGCUCUCUGACACGCACUCCGGCAGGUCGCCAGGCACGGUCGCCCACACCAGAGAAUCAGCCGCUAGAAAUCAACGGCGUCCGGACACCCAACCUCUGCCCGGGACUCGGCAAGGGCAAGAUCUAUGACCCCAAGAUCUACGGCUUCAAGGUCUCUGAGGUCUCGCGUGUCGGCCCGCGCAUGAAAUGGCUGCGCAUGAAGCCCAAAAAUGUUGUCGAGCUCGACGAAGCGUGGAAUCACGAGCAUGGGAUGUCUCCGCAGGAGGCACGCGACGAUAAGGAGGGCGACACCGAGAUGAACCCUGAACAAUCGCAAGAUGCUGCCAUUGCGAACCGCAAGAAGGCCCCGAUGCGACGCCGGCGACCGAACCUUGGCGCCCUAGUCCCCACAGAUCCUAUGGACGUGCACGGUCGAUGA